CAUCUCAAGUUACGGCAGCUCGGGCCAGCCAGCCUGGGGCUUCUGCAUAUAAGGUGUGCUCAGGGUCCCAGACCACUGCCACAGUCAUUGCAGACUGCCUCUGGCUGAGCCCGCUUGGGUGAUACAGACUCUUUCAGAUCAGUAAGAAUUGGUGCUUUCAAAGUGUGUAUUUUCUGAAGAAACUUUAGACCUGUUUAUUUUAAAAGAGCAAACUGGAGAAAACAAAUAGACGGCUGCUCAGGCCUUGCAGGCACCGUGUCACGAGUAAAGCCAUGGCGUCCGUACCUUCCAUCGGUUGCCUUCUGGCCAAAAAUCAGUAUUAUCGCAAAUCCAGUGUUUCUUCUGUGACUUCUCUAACUGGCUCUGAUUCUGUUAACUUCGUAGAUGAGGACAAAUCCCAGCAAGAGGAGUAUUGUGAAUUUUAUUUGAUAGGGUUACCAGAAGUGGCAGAAUCCACCUGGUGGUUUAAGUCCUUUUUCCACUCAGAACCUGUGCUUUCCAAUGUGAGAAUGAAAGGGCUGUCUGCUAGUGGUGACGGCGUGGUGCUCUUUCUAACUCCAUCACUGAAUGUGAUUGGAGAGUCGUCUUUGUGUCACUGUGUGGCAAGGAAUGGAUUGGGAUUCACAGAAAGCAGUACUAGUUGAUUCCGACGAUCAAGAUAUUCUAUCUGCUGCAGUGCCACGUAGGUGACCCUCUAUCUGCCAGCACUCCAGCUAUUCCAGAGGACUCUUCUCCAUCGUAAGAAGACAAAAACUUGGCUGAGAUCUCACCUAUGAGACAAGAUCACAGCAGCCACCAAUAUAGCAAAAGUUUAUGCAUUUUCCACAACAUUAAGACCAUCAUUGCAAGUGGCAGUGGCUAUUUAAAAAGCAAGCCUUUAGAAACAUGUAACUUUUCAAAGUAAUGAGAGCCUUCAAGUGCAGUGAUUUAUAUAAAGUAGCCCCGUCAUUAUGUUUAUUAAAAAUUUUAAAUUAGACUA